AAAAAUAAAAUAAUGUCCCUUUUACUUUUUAUUGAUUUUAUUCACAUUUUUGAGAAAAAAUACCUGUUACAUUCAUUUAUUUAGUCGUCUGUGGCAACCGAAUAAACAAACUGACAUUUCCGUCACAAAAUUGAAAAUGUCCAAACCGACCACAAUAAAAGAAGCGAUAAAAAAAUGGGAAGAGAAGCACCCUGGAAAAAAUAUCGCCGAUGCUGAAGACGUUGGAUUUCAGUUCCAGUGGCCCCCCAUUGAAAAAAUGGACAAUUCGUUGUCUGCCCUCACAAAGUGCAGAAAAUUAAGCUUAUCAACCAACAUGAUUGAGAAAAUUGCUGGAAUCAGUUCGUUAAAAAAUUUACGGAUUUUAUCGCUUGGUCGAAAUUACAUAAAGUCGUUCGCAGGACUGGAAGGUGUGGGGGAUAGUUUAGAAGAACUGUGGAUUUCUUACAAUUUUAUUGAAAAAAUGAAAGGCGUUCAUGUUUUGAAAAAACUGAAGGUGUUGUACAUGAGUAACAAUAUGGUCAAGGAAUGGAGCGAGUUUAUGAAAUUGCAAGAACUGCCAAGCCUGGAAGACUUGCUUUUUGUUGGUAAUCCGCUGUAUGAAAGCAUGGAAGAGUCAGUUUGGAAAAAUGAGGCGAUUAAACGGCUCCCAAAUUUGAAAAAACUCGACGGAGAACCUGUAGUACGGGACGAAGGAGAUUAAUUUAUACAAAUUGUUUUAUUUGAAAAUAUACAUAAGUGAAACUAUUUAUCCUAA